AUGUCUAAACUUGUUGAAAAUCAAAUAAAAAUUAAUGAAACUUUAAAGAUUAUUUUAGAUUCAGAUGCAUAUAGAGACUCAAGUCUUAUUAAAUACAUGAAAUUUGCGCAACAUUUAGCUAUUAUUACAGAGAACAUAGAUGACGUUAUCAGUGAACUUAUUAGAAUAGAAAAUAGUUUAGCUUUUAUCCGUGCGUCAAGCGCGCACCACUCAAUGAUUAGUAUUAAAGUUUUAGGUAAAAUGAUUAAUAGGUUAAUAUCAAUAUACGGUAAGGAACAUGUGUUAGAGUUAGAACUAAGGGAAUAUUAUGAGCUAAUAAAACCUGGUUAUUAUUUCUCAGGUACCAGAAUAGUAGUUAUAUUUAAAUUACCUCUUUUUAUUAAAGAUAGUUAUGACUUGUAUAGAUUGUCCAUUGCUCCUAAUAAAUACCAGCAGGCCCUCAUCCCUCCUUAUCCUCUAAUAGCAACAAACAGGAAAGGUUACGUGUACAUGGAGGCAGAAUGCCCGAAGUACAAUCACUGGUACCUCUGCGGUGAGAAGAUGGACCACCAGAUACGACAGCAGCCAGACUGCACUCAAGAGCUCAUCAUUAACCAAGCCUUGGACAAGACCUGCCAGAUGACUACGAUAACACUCUCAAGAAUCUCCUUGGAAGAACUUGACGAGAAGCACUAUAUCAUAUCCUUCCCAAAUGCUACGAAGAUUCAUCUGCGAUGCGCACGAGAUGACUACACCAUCCUUAGUGGCACCUACUUAAUCACAGUGCCUGUCAACUGUUUCCUGUUCACCUCAGAAUUCACUAUCACUAAUACUAAUGAUCAAAUUGAAGGACGCCCUUUGAAGAUAAUGAAACUACCAUACGAUAAGGAAGCUCACGCCAACUCUUCAUCCCACGUUUAUCUCAAAUCAAUUGACUUGACAAGAUUACAUGAAGCCCAGCAUCACCUAGUGACGCAACCAACUCUACAAAUUGAACAAGUACCAGCGAACUAUCUUUAUCAUACAACUAUACCACUGUACACUAUCAUACUAAUAAGUGUACUUGUAGUCUCAGGUGUCCUGAUACUAAGACACUUUGGGUUACUACAACGCCAGCCGAAGGUAAAGAACACCCCUACUCGAGAUGACAUCUACGCGAAGCCUGAAAAUCCUGGAUCGCAGAAGACAGCAAUAUUUCACCAUCUCAAAAUGCAGAAAUAG